AUAAGUGUGAUAUGUAAACAGUCACCAAGAAGACAGAAGAUUGUUAUAUAAAAUCAGCGGAUUAAUUAAAGAAUGCAUCAGUAAAUUUUUACAUGAUGGACUUUGAAUCUUGCGUGUACUGUGUGGUUGGAAUAAUGCUGUUUAUGCACUCUGAACAUGCUUAUGCAUUCUCGAUAAAUCCUGAAUGUGGUAAAACAAAGGGUUGUUAUAGUGACUGUGAUAAUGGACAAUCGUGUACAUAUUUGGUAUCCUGGUUAAGUGGUAAUUCAUCGACAGAAUUCACUAUACAGGCAACAUUGUCUACAGAUACGGACCACUACGUGUGUUUUGGAUUGUCUCCUACACAGACUAUGGGUGAUGCUAGUGUUUCAUCAUGUUUAAUGUCUAACAGUGGAUCUUUCAGCUACGAAAAUUCUUACAAUCAUGGACAUCACAACAUCUUAGUAACUUAUCCAACUAACGGACUAUCAAAUUUGGUUCACUUUUACGUGAACAACAUCAUUACAUGUACAUUCAAUAGAACAAAUUCUAACACAGAUUCGAAGGUUUUCGAUCUAAAUUCCCAUUUCUACAUGAUGUAUGCACAAGGAAAGACCAGUGGAGGAAUAAAGUUAAAACAUCACAAAUAUUCACUGUCUUCAGAGAAGGUAGAUCUAAAAUCCGUUGCUGAAGUAGGACAAGGCGAACCUUCCAGAAUAAAGGCACAUGGUUCGUUAGCCAUUAUUGCCUGGAUGUGUUUUAUGAAUAUUGGAAAUAUGAUUGUUAGAUACUUUAAACCACUCUGGUCUAGCAAACAGAUAUUUGGUUCUGCAGUAUGGUUUCAGGUUCACAGACUUCUUAUGAGUAUUGGAGCUGUUUUGACAAUUACCUCCAUUUGUGUCGUUAUUCGUGGCUCUUUGAAAAUUGGAGAUACACGAUUUGAAAAUGCUCAUCCAAUUAUCGGCAUAACUAUUCUUUGUUUGGUCAUAAUAAAUCCAAUGCUUGGUAUCUUAAGACCGGACAUGGAUAGUAAAUACAGACCUGUUUUCUACUGUACUCAUUGUAUUGUGGGUCUCGGUUCUUUAAUAUUAGGGCCUGUUAAUAUUUUCAUUGGAAUACAACUUAAGAAGGCGAAUGUAACCGAAACUGCCUUUUAUUUUUUAAUCGUUCAUGAAGUGCUCAAAUGCAUAAUGAUCGUCAUAUUCGAAGUUCUUCUCAUUAAAGAAAAGAAUAUAAUAAAGCAGGAGGAAACGUAUCAAUUAAACUCGAAUGAAAUGCAUAAACUACCAAGAGACAACAAACCAUCACCACAAAAUAUAGAAACCGAUAGACCUCCUUAUGCAUGGAAACUCAGGAAAAUACUUCUUUCCGUCCAUGUAUGCAUUGCCUUGACAUUUACCCUUGUUAUGGUUAUAUUGGUAACAACAUCAACGUCUUCAUAAAACUAUAUUUGUAUAUUUCGGAACAAACUUCUAUAACACAUUUUUUGACAUUUUGAUAUGCAUUUGUAUAUGG